UGAGCUGUACGGGGCUGAUGACGUGUGGGGAAGUUUAUUUUCUGACGUCAAAUUCAAAAGUGGUGCAGCCGCCUUCACGCUCUUGCUUUACUCAAACCUUAGCAUUGUCUCUUACUCAUUCAGUCCGAUAGCCGCCGACCUAGCGCCUCAGCUGAAAGAGGGAGCCAUAUUUUGAUUCAGUUUUGGUGAUACCAAUCCUUUUCCGUUUCAUCCGAAAACAAGAAGUACAAGAAGCACAAGAAGCUUUGUUUACCCCCUACACGCGACCCAACCUUGGAAACAGAGCUUGUCGAUCUAUCGAAUAAAACAACUCGUAUUCUUAGAUCCAGAUCCCGUUGUGGAACUUCCCCGCCAAGAUAAUAUUAAGAAAUCUUCUUGUCGGUGCUGUGCCUCGUCCAUUUCCACGAAAUUCGAAAGCCAGCUUUCGGACUUCAAGUUGGGGGGUCUGGCCGACCACUUAGGGUAUCAUCCGAACCCCGCGGUGUCCGUGAAUCUGUAGGCGAUUAGUUGGAAACGUCAUCAUGGCCGAAGCCACGCCAAAUGCCCAGGCCGCUGGUUCUAGUUGGACCGCAUUCCUCAAAUCCAUCGCAUCUUUCAAUGGCGAUCUCUCCUCCUUGACCGCUCCGCCCUUCAUCCUCUCCUCUACGAGUCUCACCGAGUUCAGUUCAUACUGGGCCGAGCACCCCAGCGUGUUCGCUGCGCCCGCCAAAGAAACUGAUCCCGCGAAGAGGGCCUUGCUAGUGCUGAAGUGGUUCUUGACUACUCUUAAGCAGCAAUAUGCAAGCAGAAGCGAGCAAUAUGGUAAUGAGAAGAAGCCUCUGAAUCCCUUCUUGGGCGAGCUAUUCUUGGGCAAAUGGGAAGAUAAGGCUGGUACAACCGAGUUGAUCAGCGAGCAGGUGAACCACCACCCGCCAGCCACUGCCUACAGCAUCAUCAACCAUCCUUCCGGUGUUCACCUCCAAGGGUACAAUGCCCAGAAGGCUAGCUUUUCCAAAACCAUCAAUAUCAAGCAAAUAGGACAUGCGAUACUUGCGGUUCCCGACCCUUCCAAUCCCGAUGGAAAAGAUACCUUCUUGAUCACGCUACCCUCACUCCACGUCGAAGGGUUGAUAUUUGGUGCGCCCUUCAUAGAGCUUGAUGGCGCAUCAUACAUCACCUCCUCAACGGGAUACACCGCCAAGGUCGACUACAGUGGCAAGGGUUGGUUAAGCGGCAAGAAGAACUCGUUUACGGCAACUCUAUAUCCAACAGGCAAGGAAAAGGAAGUGAUCUACAACUGCUCCGGUCAGUGGACGAAAGCAUUCGAGAUUUAUACCGGACCAGUGAAGAGUAAUUCUUCGAAAACCCUCCUUGAGAGUUGGGAUCCCGCCAACAACCCUAUCGCCGAGCUUAUGGUCGCCCCUCCCGAAAAGCAACAUCCCCUUGAAUCUCGGCGCGCAUGGGCCAAUGUCGCCGCAGGUAUCGCGAAGGGAGACAUGGAUUACGUCGGCAAAGAGAAGGCGAGGAUCGAACAGGCGCAGCGUAUGAUGCGGAAGAAGGAGCAAUCCGAGGGUCGUGAGUGGGAGCGCAGGUACUUCACCGCUGCAACUGAGCCGGAUGCGGCGCUUGAAGCAUUGGCUACGCAUGUCGGGUUAAGUGCGAACGGUGAUGCUGACAAAACGGGAGGUCUGUGGCGCUUUGAUGCCGCCAAGGCCGAGAAAGUUAAGGGCCAGGAACUGAGCGAAGAUGAAAUGACUCAACUCGCUCAUGAAUUACUCGGCCUUUGAAUCCGGACCGACGUCUGGACGCUGCAGUGUUCGGAGUAAUCAUAUGAGGAGGACCCGAUAUUUAUUUGUGAAUGAAUAAGAUGAAUAAUAUUAUCGAGAAGAAAUAUUGGCGUGCGGGUUGGAGGGACGGCUGGUGAUUCUUUGGGUUGGUUAUCGUGCGUGUAGUAUUGGUUUAAGAAGCAUAGUAUAAUAAAGCGAAUCACUCGUUGAUGUUAGCUGAUUUUGAUGAGUGGUAGGCAUUCAGUGAUAUGCGCAAGAUCAAUAUUAAUCAGACUACCGUCGAGUCUUACAUACAACUAUUGCAUUCCCAGA